GUUUACAGAUCUCUGUUAGCAGCGUGUAGCUAAAAGCAAGCUAGUUGUGAAUGAGGCAUUGAAGCGGUCGGAGCGGUUAGCUAACCUUGAUGGGGAAAAUAUACAGUGUAGCAUAAGUUACACUUUUGGUGUUAGGCUCUGUAAACUUGAUCUCUCUCUACUCUGUCUGUUUAUUCGCUUGAAAUAACAGUCAUUAUAACGGCUGUGUAUUUGUAGUUAGCUAGUCGUUGGCUAGUUCAACGUGGGUAUUGGGAAAUCAUUCAUCAUGCUGUAACGCUUCACAGUGACUCCCAACGAGGGACACAUCACUGCUCUGUCAGUGUUGGCUCUGUUGCUGCGGUGAAGCUCUGACAGUUUUCCAGCUGCACUUUUUAACUCCUUCUCUUCGCAAUGAGGUACAGAGGAGCUCAGAUCUGUCUCUGGGCUCAUGGCUCCUGCUGUGUGUCCCGCCUCUCUGUGCUCUCUGGAUCUCUGCCUGGCAGAAUCACUCUGGUCCGAACCUACAGCGCUCACCAUCAGCCCGGCUCCCCCCCACCCACUAACCUCACCCCCCCUGAGGGGAAGGGCAGAUCCGGGGUGGUGAAGGAGCAUGCCCUGGCUGCCUUACAGCAUGCGGGUGAGUUGGGGCGGCAGUGGAGUCGGAGGUCAGCUCAGGCGGCCGCUGCCUCAGUCAACUACUGGUGGGAGAGGUACGAGGAGUUUGUCGGGCUCAACGAGGUCCGUGUGGCCCAGACCAAGGUCACUGAGGCUGAGGCAGCUUUCAUGGUGGCCAGAGGGAUCGUGCGUGAGGCUCACACUAGCCUGGAGGCCCUGCAGGUCAGGCUGAAGGAGGUCAGAGAUCGGCUGGAUAGGGUCUCCAGGGAGGAGGCUCACUACUUGGAGCUGGCCACGCUGGAGCACAAACUGCUUCAGGAGGAGCGCCGCCUCCGGAUAGCCCAUGAGAACGCGGAGAGUUCUGAGAGGGAGAAGUUCGCCCUGUUCUCAGCGGCCGUCAGGGAGAGCCACGAGAAGGAGAGGACGAGAGCGGAACGUACCAAGAACUGGUCCAUCAUUGGCUCGGUACUGGGAGCCCUGAUCGGCGUCAUGGGAUCAACAUACAUUAACCGCGUCCGUCUUCAGGAGCUUAAAAGUCUGCUGCUGGAAGCCCAGAAAGGUCCAGAGAGCCUGCAGGAAGCCCUCAGAGUCCAGGCUGGAAACCAUCGUUCCCAGCAAGACGAGCUCCGAACGCUCAUCGACAGCCUCAGGGUCGCUCUGACGGACGUCUUCACUCAGAAGGACAUCGUCCUUCAGGACAAGCCAGGUCCUACCUCAGACUCACACACGGUGCCUCUUUCAGCCUUAAAAGACCUCCGCCUCAGCAGCCAAAAGACACAGUCUGUCAUGGAGUCCCUCCCUCCUCAGCUGGGACAACUGGAGCAGGGCCUCGGUAGAGUUGAGCGCGAACUGUCGGUGGUGAGGAAACAGCUGGAAACCCGAUCGCAGGCUGAACCGCAGGCCGGUCAGCCGCCGUUAGCAACGCUAGUGAGACCAGAAACAGGAGACCAGUGGGGGUCUGAGGCGGCGGUGAGGCGUCUGGAGGAGACCCAGAGGACACUGGGAGAACGAAUCAGGACCAGCACUUUUUAUAACGCCGUGUUCACCUACACAGCCACGGCCAUCACCAUCUCUGGUGUAUACCUGCUGCUCAGAGGAACUGGAUAGAUGAUACCUCCAGCUCGAAUGCGUUCACGUGCACUGUAACACUGUCAGUCAGAGGGAGCGAUGAUCUAAAUAUAUCAGAUUACAGCAUUUACUUCUUUGGAGGUAAAUCAGGUCAGUAACUGAGCUGUUCAUUCAGGUUUAUCAUCUCCUGCUGCUGCUCACUGCACUGCUCAAUCAAAGAGUGACUUUGGUUCCUCCCAAAUAUUUUUAAUGCUGUGAUCUGAAGAUAAAACAACAACAGGAGUUUGGUCAGUUGUGCUGCAUUCAACUGCCGCCCCCCACCCUCAGAAAUAUUAGCUUUUAUACUUUAACAUGAUUUUAUGUCUAAAUUGUUAAACAGGAUAACCACUGAAUUGGAUUUUUCAGGAAUGCCUGCGUGAAUGAAACGCAGCGUAGAAACCAUCAGGUUCCAGCCUGUUUGUGGUAAAGAGAUUUAGGGAGAAGCAAACUUCUGUCACCAUCUAAGUAACCUCUUCCUCCCCUGAGUCUGGGGAGCAGCAUCAUGUCCGACACUCAAUGAGAAAAUCAGUUAAUACCUGCAAGAGGGUGAACACCAGUUAAAGUGAAGCUGCUGCUUUGUUUUCUCCGGACGUCACACUCUGAGACAAUGGAUUCAUUUUCAGAAGAAGUUUUUAAAAAAUGCCACCUCCAAAUGAACACCUGUGAGGUGUGUCCAGGUUAGUCCAGUGCCAGGUGUGUUUUCAGCUUUGGUCACUUGAUUCAGUGUCGUCAUCAGCAGCCUCAGUGGUGGCUGAACCUCACAGCGACCAGAUCUUCUUAUACAGCCUGUGAUCUGCUCGCUUUACUGACGGUUUAUCUCUCUUUUCAUGUUGGCAGUGUGCACUGAGCUGGAUCACUGUGUGUUAAACUGAUCAAUGACAUCGAUCAACAAAAUGUCUGACCGCCUUCCCGAAUGGCUUAUGAAGAAGACUAAUUUAUUUCUCACAGCUGCUCAACAUGUUUAUCAGUUAAAUUAAGACUGCAGCCAUUGAUUAUUCUUAUCCUUGAUUAUCCUUCUGAAGAUUUUGCUGAUCAAUCACGCAGUCUACAAAAUGUCAGUAAACAUUACAGCGAGAGAUGAACUCUUUCAAAUGUUUGUUCUGUCUGUACAACGAUUCAAAAAGUUUGCCGUCAUAUUUGACAAAUAAAAACAGGAAAUCUUCACGUUGA